AUGACUUCGGAAACAAACAAGCCGUUCACAUUGAGCAAGAGCUCGACAAUUGAGGAUUUUGAAGCUGCAAAUAAGGCAAGUACAGACCAGUUGAAGGUUUCGAAGCCGGAAAUUCUCGAGAUAUCGGGAAAAGGUCAGUCUCCACACACUUUGUGGAUUGGCUGCUCUGAUUCCAGGGUUAAUGAGUGUACGGUACUUGGAUGUGUGCCUGGAGAAAUCUUCACAGUCAGAAAUAUUGGAAAUGUGGUCACAACUGGCGAUUUGGCAUGUAUAAGUGCGAUCCAGUUCGCCAUUGAGUCUCUAAAGGUGAAAAGAGUGGUGGUUUGUGGACAUACGGACUGCGGAGGAAUGUGGGGUGCACUUUCCAGCAAUAAGGCUAACGGACCUCUUGACAAUUGGCUUCUUCCAGUUAGGAAUGUUCGACUUGAGCAUUUGGAUGAGCUUGAUGCUAUUACUGAUGGCCCACAAAAAAACGCAAAGCUGUCUGAACUUAAUGUUUUGCACUCUGUUGAGGUGGUGAGGAGACACCCAAGCUUCGUCAAAGCUCAUAGGGAGAGUGGUGUAGAGGUGUAUGGGCUCCUCUACGAUGUCAAGACUGGAUACUUGAAGCAGGUAUCAAGUGCAGGAGAAGCAGCCAGAAAGAUUGAGGAGGUUUUCGAUCUUGGUGGUAAGUAG